AUGGGCAACGGGAUGUGCUCCCGAAAACAGAAGCGGAUUUUCCAGACCCUCCUGCUCCUGACUGUGGUCUUCGGCUUCCUCUACGGGGCGAUGCUCUACUACGAGCUGCAGGGCCAGCUGAGGAAGGCUGAGGCCACCGCGCUCAAGUACCAGCAGCAUCAGGAGUCCCUCUCAGCUCAGUUACAAGUUGUAUAUGAGCACAGGUCAAGACUAGAAAAGUCAUUACAAAAGGAAAGGCUCGAACAUAAGAAAGCGAAAGAAGAUUUUCUUGUUUAUAAACUAGAAGCACAGGAAACACUAAAUAAAGGAAGGCAAGACUCAAAUAGCCGCUACAGUGCACUGAGCGUACAGCACCAGAUGUUGAAGAGCCAACAUGAAGAACUAAAGAAACAGCAUGCUGACCUUGAGGAAGAUCACCGCAAACAAGGAGAAGAGUUCAGCAGAACGUUCAGUGAUCACAAGGAGCGAUACUUACAACUGCAGCAGGAAAAAGAGCAGGAGAUCUCCAAGCUGAAGGAAUCCCUGUAUAACUUACGGGAGGAGAACAGACAGCUGAGGAAAGCUCACCAAGACAUUCACACCCAGCUACAAGAUGUCAAGCAACAGCAUAAGAACUUACUCUCCCAACACAACCAGCUUGUAGUGACAUUGGAAGACCACAAGAGUGCACUAGCUGCUGCACAGUCCCAGGUGGAGGAAUACAAACAGUUGAAGGACACGCUCAAAAAAAUGUCAAGUUUCCGACAGCCUGAGAAGUCAGAACGACCAAACGAGCAACCGGAGGGACGAGCACUGUCUCCCCACAGUGACCUCCCGGUACACCAUGAAGCUGUGGCUGAAGAGCAUAAAGAGAAUGAGAAGCCAAAAGAAAAAGAAGAAAUAAAUAGCCAGGAAAAAGAAGACAGAGCUGAGCCUUUUCACCUGCAAACUAGGGCUAACGAGGGCCAGCAUGCCAAAGAACUAAAUAUUCAGGAGCAACAAGAAGCUGGAGAGGAUGAUGAGCAACGUGUUGAUCAAAUUGAAGAGGAACGCAAAAAAGAACUUGAAGAGGAAGAAAUGGAGCAGGCAGGUCAGCCUGAGCACUUAGAGGAGGAACAGGAUCAAGUACCAGAAGAGCAUGAGUGGAAAAAACAGGAACAGAAAGAAGAAGAAACCAACAUGUUGGGUGAUCGUCUUCAUUCAGAGAUAACACCAACAAAAGCUGUAACAAAAAGACAUAAGCCAGCUGACGAACAACAACUAGAGCAGCAACACCUUGCAGCCCAAAGAGCAGAGGAAGCCUAUCAGCUACAAGAACAUCAGGAGUCACUACACCAGCAAAGACUGCGAGGGCACCUAUUACGGCAGCAACAGCUUCAAGAAAAAGAGCUUCAGCUGCAGAAACAGGCACAACAAGGAGAAAAACUCUAUAAAAACCGGCUAAGCCAGCAGGCUCGUUAUCACACAGACCAUGAUAUUGUCCAAGAGGAAGAAGAGCAAGGUAUUCAGGAAGAGGAAGGAGCUUAUGAACGUGACAACCAGCACCAGGACGAAGGUGAAGAUGAUGAUCAAAAUAAUGCAAAUGAACAGCAAGAACCAGAACAUCAAGUAGAAAAUCAGCAGGCUGAUGAAUCAAAGGCAGCCACAGAAGAUGUGAAUCCUGCUGAUGACCCCAACAAUCAGGGAGAAGAUGAAUUUGAGGAAGCUGAGCAAGAGAGAGAAGAAAAUCUACCAGAUGAAAAUGAAAAGCAGAAGCAAACCAGGCAGAAACCAGGACAUCCGGGAAUGGAAGAGCACCUGGUGAUGGCAGGAAAUCCCGACCAGCAGGAAGAUAAUGUGGAUGAGCAGUACCAGGAAGAAGGAGAGGAGGAGAUCCAGGAAGAUUUGACUGAAGAGAAGAAACGAGAACUGGAACGCAAUGCUGAAGAGCCAUAUGGUGAAAAUGAGGAAAACGCAGACGAAAAGAACAACGGCGGGGCAGAUCGAGAGCAAAAAAUGCGAGAAGAGAACAACCAGAAAGAAGCUCAUGAAGAAAACUAUGAGGAGGAGGAGGAAGAGGAGGAGGAGGAAGGUAGAGCUGUUGCAGCAAAAACUCGUAGACGAGGGGAGAUGUAG